AUGUUGUGGAUUGGACAAUGUAUAGGUCAAGCGUUGUUUUUUCCUGACUCAUUUAAUGGGGCAGUAGGUGGAAGCGUAGAGUUUGCUCUUGACAGUCCACCACCCCCUAAUUCAGUGGACGUUGAGUGGAAUUAUGGAUUUCCAAUCAUACUUACCUUUAAAGAUGGUGUACUUAGCAUACAACCAGCAUAUAGAGACAGAGCAACUCUGGACACCACCACUCUUGCAUUGAGGCUUAUGAACCUGAGAUUCAAUGAUACUGGGACAUAUAAGCUGAGUGUAACAAACAAAGAAGGAAUUUACAAUGGACUAACUUCACUGGUAGUCUAUGAAAAUGUGUCUGACACCAAACUUACUGGUCUAAUCGAACCAUUAAUAGAGACAAAAUCAAUUGCUAAGAUUAAAUGUGACGGAAACGGCAACAUCACCUCUAUGAAGUGGAUGAAAGAUAAUAAUCCACUGAAUCCCAGUGACAGAGUCAUCUUCUCAUCUGAUAACAAAUCAGUUUCCAUCGGUCCAGUGAUCAGAUCUGACAGUGGAGAAUAUCAAUGUACUCUGGCAAAUCCUGUUAGCUCUGAGACUGCAAAACUCAAUGUUAUCAUCAACUAUGGACCAGAUAAUGUUUUGAUUGAUGGUCUGAGGGAGGUGGGUUUAGGGCAGAAGGUGUCAUUGUCUUGCUCUGCCACUUCUGUACCUUCUGCUUCAUUUACCUGGAAGUUUAAUGGAACAGUCACCGGUGUAAAUACAGAAACAUUCACUAUAGAAAAGACUGACAUCACACACAGUGGAGAGUAUCUCUGCACUGCCUGGAAUAAUGUCACAAACCAAACAAAUGACUCUCAAAGCCACUCUUUAGUAGUUAAAGAAGGUGGUGAUGGAGGAGGAGGGCUGACAACAGGUGCAAUAGUUGGGAUUGUCAUUGGUGUUUUAGUGGCAGUUGGAUGCAUAUGUGGUUUGAUUGUCUAUCUCACAAAAACUAAGAAAAUAUGUUGAUAUUUGGUGUGUUAUUUGUAAUUACAUAUAUUACACAUCACCAAGAGAAAUUUUGUAA